UGUUCUUUACGUGCCAUGAAUCAGAAAGGGACAAGAGAAAACGAAAUUGUUUUCCCUCCUUUCCACGGUCUUCUUCGGCACCGCCUCCAUCACUCUUCUCCCUUCCAUGGCGAGAAUGCUUCACGCUGCAUUCACCGGCUCCGGUUCAGUUUUGUUUUCCCAGAGACCUAAUCACAGUUCCUUUUACAGAUACAGUCAUAUUUCUCUUCCUUUUCAUUCGGAAUCAUCGAUCGAUGUUUACUCAACUGGUCGUUUAUCGCGUUCAUUAUGCUGUUCGCAUUCAUCAUGGAAGCCAUGGGGUCGGAUUUCGACUCGUUUACCAGUUAUAAAGCGUGAAUCAUCUGAUACUUUUGAAGUCAAAACGACGUCCGUCCCUGAUAGCGCCGAUGAAAGUGAUGCGGCGGCUGUGGCGAAAUCGAAAAUGGCCGAAACUCUAGUGCUUGGAUUGUUGUUCGGAGUCUGGUACCUUUUCAAUAUCUAUUUCAACAUCUAUAACAAACAGGUUCUUGAGGUUUUCCCAAAUCCAGUAACUUUGACUGCAGUUCAGCUUGCUAUUGGGACUACCAUUAUAUUUUUGACAUGGGCAUUAAAUCUUCAUAAAUGGCCGAAUAUCAGUCGUACACAGCUUGUAGCAAUCCUGCCAUUGGCUGUAAUGCACACAUUAGGCAAUUUUUCAACCAACAUGAGUCUUGGAAAAGUUUCUGUUUCAUUUACUCACACAAUCAAAGCAAUGGAACCUUUUUUCACGGUUAUAUUGUCUACUAUGUUUCUAGGAGAGAUACCAACAGCAUGGGUAAUGAGCUCCCUUGUACCAAUUGUUGGGGGAGUGAUACUUGCAUCUCUCACCGAGGUGUCGUUCAAUUGGCCUGGGUUUUGGAGUGCAAUGGCAUCCAAUUUGGCAAAUCAAUCACGCAAUGUUUUGAGUAAAAAAGUUAUGGUUCAGAAAGAGGAACCAUUGGACAACAUUACCCUCUUCUCAAUCAUAACAAUUAUGUCUUUCUUCUUGUUUACCCCUGUUGCCUUACUCGUUGAAGGAGUCAAAUUUACCCCUUCUUACCUACAAUCCGCUGGUCUAAACCUCAAACAUGUGUACAUUAGGUCUCUCCUUGCUUCAAUCUGCUUCCAUGCUUAUCAGCAGGUUGCUUACAUGAUACUGCAAAGAGUAUCUCCAGUUACACAUUCCGUAGGCAACUGUGUGAAGCGCGUAGUGGUCAUUGUAUCCUCUAUUUUCUUCUUCCACACACCCGUCUCACUUAUCAACUCCAUAGGGACUGGAAUCGCCCUUGCCGGGGUAUUUCUAUAUUCACAGGUGAAACGCAUCAAGGCCAAGACCACAUAAACUUGUUACUUGUGUUUACGAUAAAAUUUGAAAUUUUUUGGUAAUAGAUUCCACUACAUUGUUGUUAAAAGACAACAAUGCCCUUUGGUAGAUAUUCUGAGUAAAAAACUUGAUUCCGGUGAGUUAUACAAGUAACUUCCAAUCGUUGUUUUAGUUGAUUUGAAGGUUAUUAGUGGUACCGAUAUUGAAGCACAACGUACAAUCUUUUAUGCAAUAGAAUUCUCUAGGAUCUGUGAUUGAUUCAAUCAACACUCCUCUUUAUUCAGUAAAGUAUAUAUAUGCAUAAACUCUUUGUAAACUAGAGAUUAACAUGGGAUAUAAUCUCCAUCAAAUCAAACUGUUUCUUCUCACCACCACUGCCGCCACAGUUGACUGGAGGUAUCUCUUCAAGAAACGAGUCAAUGGUAUCCACUCCCAGCAACUUGUGAUCAAGUGCAAACUCUGGGACCUUAUCGAAGUCAAAGUCAGCUACGGAUGUAGUUUUGGAGGAUUGGGCUUGGUUUGGGCCACUUGGAUCGACAUUUCCUCUUGGUGUAUUGCCUUCUCUUGGUUGCGUUCCAGUGGUUCUUGAUGGAGUUCUCGGUUCUUCCAGGUAAUUUCUUUGCUAUUUCUGACCAUUUGUUUCCUAUCUCUGCGUGAGUUGUGAUCAAUAUCUUAUCUUCUUCUUCCGUCCAAUAAUCUUUCUGGAAAAUUCAAAAUUCACAACACAAAGAAACCGAAUUUUGUAAUACAAAUUGAUUCCAGAUAAAAUAUGACAACAUAAAGAAAAAAACAAGUUACAUAAUGGUCAAAAUAAAUUUGUAUUGAACCGUCUAAUAUGUGGAAAUGCUGUGUUUUGCAUUUUGUCAAUUAUCUAUGGAUGAAUUAGAACGGGACACGUUAACUUUUAUGUUAUUUUCCUUGCAUGCACGCCUCAGUAAAAAUGAUCAGCAAUCACAUUUUCAGGAUAAUAUCUUUUCACUAUUGACAUAUUUUUCUGUCUAAUUGGUAUCACUAUAGUAGCUUAGAUAUAUGAUCCGAUCCAACACUUCUUUUGUAAGAAGAUCCAAUUAUUUUUUUCUUCAAUCCGCUUGAUUGAUGUUUUGAUUUUUAUAGAUCCAUCAUGUCAUGUUUAAAUAACAUAGAAUGUAGUUAGAAUAUAAUUUGUAAGUUAUAACCUUAAUGCGUUUUUUAAAUACAAUUAAUGAGAAUGAAAAUCGGAAAGCAAACCUUGAUGUCAGGCCUGAGAUGAUUGUGCCAUCUUUCUCUGCAUUGCUUGCCAAUCCUUCCUUUUAACAUUUGAGCGAUAUAUGACCACUUCCUCUCUCCAUGCUUUUCCACCAAAUGCUUUAACACCCUACAACACACCAACAAUUCAAAAAUGUUGAAAAGAGUAUUAACAUUAAUUAAUCUAUUGUUGUUGCGUUACCUAUCUUCUUCUUUUGUCCAUUGCUCCUUUGAUGAAUUGGUUUUCUUUUUCCCAUUACUUUUUAUGAUACCACUCUCGCCUGUCACACAUGAUCCUUCAUCUGCUCCAAAAAUAUUCGGAUCACCUACAUUCACAGAACAGUCCAAUCCGGAUACACCCAUCAGACUUUUGUCCACAUUGGUCAAACUCCCACAACCCAUAUAAUUCAUCAUCAUUCCACAACUAUUUUCCAGUUCAAACGGCUUAAACUCGAGGUCAUCCAACCCAUAUGAAAAUGUGCCAAAUGGGUCAUAUCCAUACCCAGAAACAUGGAUACCAUAAUCAGCAGGGUGAAAAGUAGAUGGACACAUUGGAGGAGAAUCAUUUUCUGUUUCUGGGUUGGGUUUUAAGUGGUGGUUUAAGAGAGGGAGUAGUGGAUGUGGAUCUUCUUUGAAAAUUGUUUCAAACUCCAUGACAGAAAAAGCAUCGACAACCCUUUCGCUCGUUUUCGUUUCUGUUUUUUGUUGUUAUUUAAUAGGUGAGGAAUAAAGGAAAGCAUUAAAUUUUGUAUUUAUUAAUUUGGGAGUAUUUUUAAAUUCUCAAAAUCUAAAAUAAUGUACAAGUUUAAUUGCCUAGUUAACAAAUUUUAAAAGCAAUAAUCUUCAAAGUUUUAGCUAUGAAAAUUUUCAGGCUAACUUGUGGGGUGUUUAUUUUUGUUGACAUUUUUCGAAUCUUACUAUAAAUGAGAUUUUGUAAUAGAAAUCAUUUUUUGCAUCAACUCAUUGUUGCUCGAACACAUUCUUAAGAGUCCUUUACUGAAAAUGGUCCUAAAGAUCACAUUUGCUUUAGUCGUCUAAAUGGUCUUCAUCGAUAUGUAUGGCUUUAGGGAGGAGGGAGUCAUUCCCACUGAACCCACUGCCACAUCAGCUUUUCUCUUUGAUUUUUCUUCAUCUUUCUGAACCCACAACAUAUGGAAAUCCAAUUUUUUUCAACCCACUCAAUUAAAAAAAAUACUAAACAACUAAGGUACAAGUCUUAAAACAUAUGGUACAAGAGAAAGUAGAGAGAGAGGAUGAAGUGGGUCCGUGAAGCCAAUUAAACAACCCGCCGAAGGAAGAGUGGUACCAGCGGUAAUUCUAUUGCUAAUUAAGAUUUUACCUUGAUUAUUUUGUAUAUUUUUUUUAGUUGAGUGGGUUGAAAAAAUAUGAUUUCCGUGUGUUGUGGGUUCGGAAAGAUAAAGAAAAAUCAAAGAGAAAAGUUGAUGUGGCAGUGGGUUCAGUGGGUUCGGUGAGUUCAAUGGGAACGACUCCCUCCUCCCUUAGUGAUUCGAAAAAUAUCAACAAAAAUAAACACCCCACAAGUUAGCCUGAUAACAAUGCUAAUUGCACAUUACAUGCAACCGUUUUUAGUAACCAACUUAUAUAAGAGAAACUCAAGGUAACCAGUGACAUACUUAGGCUAUGUUUGGCGAACUAGCUGAUAGCUGCUAGCUGAUAAAAAAUAACGUUUGGUAAAAUUAGCUGUAAUAUAUUAAAUUACAUAAAAGGACAUGUAAGAGUAUGCGUUUCUAUAAUUAAUUAAGGGGUGUAUUUGGAAAAUUAUCAGCUAGUUGUGGUGUGCCAAACACAACCUUAGUAAGCAAUCUGUAAAUUUGAUUUUGAUUAUUAGGAGUUGGUGAUGUUAAUUGGGAAAAUAUUAUAAUCUUAUUAUCUUUAAAAAAAAGUUCCUCGUCUAAAAUACAAAAUAUUGAAUACUUACUCCUAGUCUCCUAGGGUAAAUAAAUUGUUAUGCUGAGCGAAAAGACUAUAGUUAGUUGUCUAUAUAUAAUUUACUCGACUUGCAACUAUAAAAUUUAUGAGGAAUUCAUAUUUCAUGGACCAAGUUAUGGCAAUUACAUAAAAAAUUAUUAAGAUAUAUUUUAGAGCAUAUUUCAAGAAAUUGGCAAAUGAUUUUUCGAUUAUGGUCGAGAAUGUUAUUACGAUCAAAUUUUAUAAUAUGUAGCACCUGUUUAAAGGUCUACAAUGUUUAUCAUUGAUUGUGUGUUCAUGUGUUGCUUUGAUGUAUUUAGUUUUAUGAAUUUCAUAUAUUACUCUAGAAUAACUUUUAUCUUAAUAAUCUCAUUUGAAAUUAAUAUUCGUUGAAUUGACCAAGAUACCUUUUACUCUUGGAUAAUUACUUAUUAACAUUAAAUAUAUAAUUAAUUACGUAACCGAUGCUCCAUUGUCUAAUUUUCUCCAACAUACAAUUUCCUUGAAUGCAAAAGGAUCAAUGAAAACACAAACGUUAGUUACAAAAUAUACAACUUAUGUCACAAACAUCUAAAACGUGUAUAAAAGAGGUUAAUUACAACUUAUUAUAAUGUUAGAAUUUGGGCCAAAUUUUUCAUUAAAUUUAUAUGGUCCACAGUACACAAAGUGAUUGGGGGCUCGACCCCAUUGUUGACUUACUACAUCCGCCAGACUGCCACCGCAUAAAAUGUUCACCAAUAUGAUUCGUUUUUUCGUUUAAAAUGGUAAACCUUAAAAAGUUUCAGAUUUUCGUUUAAAAUAGUAAACUUAUAAAAAAAUAUUGUUUAGAUAGCAAAUUUGCUCUUUUUUUAUUUAUUACUACUUUUUGUUAUUAAUAUUUAAUAGUCCGCUUAGGAGAUAACCAUUGAGGCCGACUUGUAAAAACGGGCUUCUUUAAUCCAAAAAUGAAGAAAACUGAAACAAAAGUAGACACUUGUUAUGCUAAUUAAUUUUUAAAGUUAUUAGCUUUUUUUCUCUAAGGUAAUUAGUUGGGCUAAGUUCAGGGACACAAGGAAGGAACUUCAUCUGUUAAUAGGGUCUAGCCAAAAGUCUUCAAGGGGGCUACUGGCCACAAUAACCUCUCUGGGCUUGGUCUUUUUUGGCAAAUUUCAAAACUUGGACCAUUUGAGUUUGCAGUGUUCAUUGACUUUGCAGGAAAGUCAAGUGUCUAGACUCUAGAGGGAUAAAGGAGAGUCUCCAUGGGUAUGUAUGGCAGGGUUAGAAAACACUUAAAAUGGACAAAAUUUGGUUUUCCCACUAUGCAAUUUGCUUUAUACCUAGGUUAUACAACCAUCCAAAAUGACCAAAAAUCAUUUAUCUAAGUAUUUUGACAGAUAUAAAUAUUUAAAAACUAAAAAUUAAAUGACCAAAAAUAACAUUCAUAUGAAAAACAGAGACAUCUUCUAAAAUGACUUGCAUUAUGUUUAGAGGUGGGUGAAUAUAUAAUUUUAGUUAUCAAUUAUCAUUUGACCACGUGUAGUAGUUGAUAAUAUUUCGUGAUAUAUUCUUAGAUGAACAUAACAUGUAAUCUCCAUGCUAGCAAUGUUUAAAAAACAUAAAAGAGCCAAGGAAUGAAAAAGGAAAAGGUCAAUAAUUAUUAUAAAAUAAAAUAAAAAAUAAAAAAAUAAUAAAAUAAAAUAAAAAAAAAAAAAAAAAACGAAUGUUUGAGACCUGAUUUAAAACGAAAAUAAUCAGAUUCUAAAGAAAAAUGUAAAAGCUGCUCCAACAAAAUUGACUUUUAAUGGUAUAUACUAUAUGGAAAUUAUCUAAUAUAUCCUUUAUGCUACUUUAAUCUUUUCUUGCAACUGAUUAUCUCUAGACCUGGCAAUUCGUGUAUUCGUGUCAUGAAAACGUGUCAGCCACGAAUUUGACACGAUACGAUUACACUAUGAAAAAUAAGCUUUAUCUCAAUUUUUAAGAUGUAUUUGUGUCAUAUCGUGUCUCUCACAGAUUCGUGUCUGAAAUUGCCAGGUCUAAUUAUCUCAUUCUGAUAAUGAUUUUCUGGCAACCAACGUUUAAACACCCACAUACUCCUCUAAUUCAUGGAUUCCUCAAAACAAGUACAAAUUGUGAAGAAAAUAUAAUAUAAAAAGAAAAAGAUUGAUGUUAGUACUAUACUAUUAUUACAAGCAUCUUUGCUGGAAAGCCUUUUCAGGGUUGUGAGGAUCAAUCUGUGAGUGAUGGGGGAAAUCAAGAGGCAUUUCAGAGGCAGAAAGCCAAGCUCCAUUCAAUACUUUUAUAACUUCUUCGUAAACAACCCUAUUCCCAUCUCCUGUUAGAUGCAGUCCAUCACU